AUGCUCGGUUACACCUACAAAGACCUCUCGCAAACCGAGAAGCACCACCGCCGCAACGCGCUCGACGCACUCGGCCACCACGUGGUGCUGUCGCAACUGGCGGUUGCGCUGUGCGCAUAUGUCUACAGGCGGCUCUUUUGCACGCGGCAGAAACGCGGUCAGAAAGGCUUCUUGAGGAGGCUGGAGUGGAGGCUCACGAGGCCAUUGUCGUGGGAGGACCCGGAGUCAAGAUCGGUGGGGGAUUUUGUGGUAUGCGUGGGAUGGCUGGUGUGGAUGCUGUGGUUGGUGCGUAGAGACGCGGGCGACGACUACCUACACUUUACCAAGGCCUUUGGCAUGGCCGCCUCUGCAAACUUCCCAGCCCUUAUCCUCCUCUCCAUGAAGAGGAGUCCGCUGCGGUACAUAUUCUCCGUCUCCUAUGAGGGCAAAAUCAAUUAUCUCCACCAAGGACUUGCAAAGAUAAUCUACAUGCUCCUCUGUACGCAUAUGGCCCUGUAUCUAAAGUUCUUCUGGGACACAAGCCGCAUGAAGACGCGUCUACUCGAGUUUGACGUCAUGUGUGGUGUUGUUGGGUUCGUUUCCAUGACUGUUCUAAGUACACUGGCAUACCCGUGGGCGCGAACCCACUACUAUCGGGUCUUCCUCAUCUCUCACAUUGUUCUCUCGGCCGUCCUUCUCCCCCUAUUCUACCUCCACGUCACCCAUCUCCGCACUUACAUCCUGAUUACUGCAUCUCUCCUUAUCUAUGACCGUGUCCACCGGUACAUCGGAACCAUCCCCGUUACCGCCACAAUAACUCUCCCCACACCCUCCACCCUCCAUAUGACACUGACACUCCCCGCAACCUCCCGCCACGCCCCCACCCCCGUCUCCCAUCUCAUUCUAUACAUCCCCAGAAUCACCACCCGCCUCGCCUCAAACCCGUUCACUGUCGCCUCCUCAGCUCCAACCUCCCUAACCAUCAUUUCCCGUGUCCGCAGUACCACCACAAAACACCUUGCCACCCUCGCCGCCGACAAGACGCUACAGCUGCCCGCGCACAUCGACGCCUUCUACGGCGACAGCCCUUCCCUCGCCACGCUCGCGGAUAACUUCGACCGUGUCGUUGUUAUCGCAGGUGGAGUCGGCGGGGCAUGGGCCGUACCGUGGGUGCGGCAUCUGGCACGUGAGGGCGCGCUCGAGAGGUGUGUGUUUGUGUGGGCUGUAAGGAGCAUCGGGGACGUACAGUGGGCAGUGGAAAGCGAAGGUACGCAGGGAAGGGUUGUGGCAGGUAAGGUGGAACUAUUCGUGACGGGUGAAAGAGAGGGGGAGGGCGAAGAGGGCGAGGAAGGUGUUGAGAUGAGGGAUCGGUUGCUCGGAGGAUGGGAGGGGAGGGAGGAGGUUAUGACACAGGUUACGGCGUGGGGGAUCUCGAGGGAUAGGGUGUAUUUUGAGAGGCCGGAUGUGGAUAUGUUGAUCGAAGAUGCCGGGAAGGGUGGCAGGAGGAGUGUCGCGGUGUUGGCUUGUGGGCCGUGGGCGUUGGGGGCGAGGGUGAGGAGAGUAGUUGGGGAGAAGGUGCUGAGAGGAGAUGCGGCCUGGGUACACGUCGAGGAAUUUGCGAGGUAG